AUGACAUCUUGACAAUUGACUUUCCGUUCUCCGGAACCCCAGAUCUCCAAGCUGUCGUCGGAUCGCAGCUUCGAGGAUUGUCUUCAGCAGAGUUUCCGUUCUGCAGCUUUUCUCGCUGUCAGCUUCCGGGCCACACUCAAAUGGAAGACCAUAACGCAGCGGUCAAGCGCAUCGCUGAGGUCGUAAAGGACUUCCACUCGCGCCGGGAACCUUUCCGCAUCUUCCACGGUUCCACAAGCAGCACCAGACCCGCCCACCAUCAGCGCGUCGUCGAUAUCAGCGAGCUGCAUCAUGUUCUACACAUCGAUACUGCGGCCGCCGUCGCCGUAGUCGAGCCCAAUGUCCCCAUGGACCAGCUCGUCGCAGCCACCUAUCGGUGCGGAUUUGUCCCGCCUGUCGUUAUGGAGUUUCCGGGCAUCACUGUCGGCGGCGGCUUCGCCGGGUCAGCCGGAGAGAGCAGCUCUUUUCGCUACGGAUAUUUUGACCAGACAGUGCAGUCUGUAGAAAUGAUCCUCGCGAGUGGGGAGGUCGUCAAUGCCUCCCAGACCGAGAAUCCAGAUCUCUUCAAGGGUGCGGCAGGGGCCCUGGGGACCCUUGGUAUCGUCACAAAACUGGAGCUGCGUUUGCUAAAGGCCAAGCAAUUCGUCAAGCUCAGCUAUCACUCGUACUCGACGAUUCCGGAAACCGUUGCCGCGAUACAACGGGAGACGAAUCUGGCGCACAAUGACUACGUCGAAGGAUUAGUCUUCUCGAGGACGAGCGCCGCUGUUGUUACGGGUCAUAUGACAGAUGAUCUGCCCGACAAAUGCCAGCCACAGACGUUCAGUAGAUCCAAGGAUCCUUGGUUCUAUCUGCAUGCACGGAAGCGAAUUACAAAUGGCACACCGACGCCGGAUUAUGUACCGCUGCAGGAUUACUUAUUUCGCUACGACCGGGGUGCAUUCUGGAUGGGCGAGCUGGCCUUCAAAUACUUCGGCUUCGUCCCCUUCAAUCGACUCACUCGGCGGGCUCUGAACCGACUCAUGGACACGAGGACACUAUACAAAGCCGGCCUAAGCGGCAACAGCCGAAUGACGUUCAAAUAUACGGUUCACGACCUAUCGCUGCCAUACACCACAGUCCAAGAAUUCAUUGACUACGUGGCAGACAAUCUCGAAAUAUGGCCACUCUGGCUCUGCCCCCUGCGUGCCACUGAGACCGUCGGCUUCCACCCCUACACGAUGGAGCCUGGAGGAGAGACGCCGCAACCGAUGCUCAAUGUGGGCGUGUGGGGAGCGUCGUCAAAGAAGAUUGACAGGUUCGUCCGUCAGAACCGAGAUCUCGAGGCGAAGGUCAUGGAGCUAGGCGGGCGCAAGGUGUUGUACUCUCACGCGUACUACACGGAGUCGCAAUUCUGGGACGUAUACGACAAGGAUUGGUACACAAAACUGCGAGAUCGGUACAGCGCGACGAGUUUACCGACGGUUUAUGACAAGAUUACGGUAGAUGUGAGCAAGGAACGAAGGAGAAAGUCGUUGAAAGACAGGCUGGCAAUCACGUGGCCGGUCGCUGGCCUCGUCGGUGUUUGGUCUGCAAUACGCAAGUGAGAGCAGAGCACUUCAUACGGCCGACCAGGGAAUGGUGGUUUGAUGUCUAUGGGUCAUGAUCAUUACGCGGUGUCAUUCUUUGGAUGCUUGUGAUGUGUUAUGAGAGCAUGCUGCCAUGAUGGUGUGGAAUGUCUAUGUUGGUGUGGAUAAUAUGUGUUCUUUUGGCGUCAAAUGUUUCUGCAUCCUGCAUACUGAGCGGAGUUCGGGC